UAAGGGCGGAGCCGGGGCGGGGCGCGCGGCCCGAGGUGCAGGACCCGCGGGCCGGCCUGGGAGCGGGCACCGCGGACGUGGAGUCACCACCGAGCACAGUCCCCGAUCCAGCUGUCCCGCGCCGCGCCACAAGGCGUCGGUCAGGCCGAACUUCACCACCGCCAGCGGGGCCCUGACGGCGAGCAGCGGGCGCGGGGCCGGAGCUGAGGAGGCGGCUCGCUGGGCCGAGCCAUGGCCCUCGACUUCCUGGCGGGCUGUGCCGGGGCUGUCUGGGCACCUGGCGAUCCUCAGGCGUCCCCAUCCUGAGCUUGGGAGAAGACAAGGGCGGCUGCCCGAGUGGGCGGACACGCCACGUGGGCUAGCGGUGUGAGCAUCUUCUGUUCCCGGGCCUCCCCCAGCUGUGCCUCCAGGGACGCGUGGCGGGCGUGCUCGUGGGACACCCAUUCGACACGGUCAAGGUGCGGCUGCAGGUGCAGAGCGAGGAGAAGCCGCAGUACCGGGGGACACUGCACUGCUUCCAGUCUAUCAUCAGACAGGAGAGCGUGCUGGGCCUGUACAAGGGCCUGGGCCCGCCGCUCAUGGGGCUCACCUUCAUCAACGCGCUGGUGUUCGGGGUGCAGGGCAAUGCGCUGCGGGCGCUCGGCCGCGACUCCCCGUGGAACCAGUUUGUGGCAGGCGCGGCAGCGGGCGCCAUCCAGUGCGUGAUCUGCUGCCCCAUGGAGCUGGCCAAGACACGGCUGCAGCUGCAGGGCGCGGGAGCGGCGCGCGAGUACCGGGGCGCGCUGCACUGCCUGGCGCAGAUCUACCGGCUUGAGGGCCUGCGCGGCGUGAACCGGGGCAUGGUGUCCACGCUGCUGCGCGAGACGCCCAGCUUCGGCGUCUACUUCCUGGCCUACGACGUGCUCACGCGGGGCCUGGGCUGUGAGCCGGGUGCGCGCCUGCUGGUGCCCAAGCUAUUGCUGGCAGGCGGCGCGGCGGGCAUGCUGUCCUGGCUGUCCAUCUACCCCAUGGACGUGGUCAAGUCGCGGCUGCAAGCGGACGGUGUGCGCGGCAUCCAGCGCUACCGCGGCAUCGUGGACUGUGCGCGGCAGAGCUUCGAGGCUGAGGGCUGGCGCGUGUUCACCCGCGGCCUGGCGUCCACGCUGCUGCGCGCCUUCCCGGUCAACGCCGCCACCUUCGCCACCGUCACCGUGGUGCUCACUUAUGCACGUGGCCCAGAGGCCCGACCCGAGGGCCCCGCGCUGGCCCAGCCGUCCAGCUUGUGACGGCCCCAUCCCCUUGGCAGCAGCUGGACACUGACGUGGCGUGGCCCCACAGCCCUUUCUCCCUCCUGGAUGUGGGGAGCCGCUGUGACCACUCGGGUGACUGAGGCCUCUGAGUGCUCAGCUGUGAGUGGUGACCGCUCGCCCUGACGGUCGGAGCCGCCCUGUGUGCGCCCAGCACUGGGCUUGCAGCUGUUUCCCUCAGGAUCUUCCGAAAUCAGCUGUGCCUCCAGCCCAGGCCCAGCCCCUCAAGGACCCGUCCCACCCAGAUACUGCAGUCCCCCACACCAACCAGCUGGUGGAUACCACAGCUCUCACCCCCAUCCUGCUGGACACUCCAGCCCCCACCAUGCAUCUGGACACUGCAGCCCCCCUCCUGACAAGGCCAGACACUCCUGUCCCGCCCCUGCAGGCCCUGGUCAUCCCCUUUGCUCUUGCCUGGCAGGCUGCCCAUGCCUCGCCAGCUCCCGGCCUCUGCCACGUGUGGCACCAGGAAGGCUUCUUGGCCACGCCUGGCACUGCAGAACCAGAAGCUUUUCAUGUGGCGCUGCCUGGCGGAACCCAGCUAUCUUGGCUCUGGGGCUGGUGGCCAGGGCCUGGGCUAGACUGCAAUGGCUGAGAUUGAGGCCCUGGCAGUUAAGCUGUGACACUGUGGUGGCCUCAGCUGCUCACCUCUAAAGCAGGAGUGUGGCUAGCUGACGUCUGGGUUGCCGGGGCCUACACAGCAGCAUGGGUCCCCCCAGGAGUCUCUCCAGACCUGGAGCUCGGGUGUGGCCGGUUCAGGCCCCUGGGGACAUGGGACAGGCAGGCCCAGGAGGUGACUUCUGCUGGGCAAGGACAAGUCUACACUCCUGGGUGUCUCUGCCGUAGGGAAGCCACCCAAGAAUAAAGCAUUGAUGUUCUGUAA